AUGCCAUACCUCAAUAACGCCGGAUGUUACCACUCAGCAGCAACAAUAUUAUCACUACCACAAAUAUCGAAAGAAACAAAAAUUAAAAUUGAACGAAUGGAUUUUUCGGAUCCUCAGGCAGGAAAAUCAGUAUGUGACAGAUAUGCUGCUGUGAUCAAAGCACAUAUCCGGCGUUAUCUAAACGAAAAACAUAAUGUAACAAAUGCAUCGGAAUUCAUUGAGGCCUGCCAUUCAUAUGAUGGUGUGAAAGGAGUGCAAGCAUUUGAAUGUAAACUCCUCAGCACCAAAGAUACGUCAACACUCUCUAUUCCGAAAAUUACCACUAUCAACAACUUCGGUUUCGAAAAAGCAUCAAGGGCCUUGAUGCUUUGA